AUGUCGAAGCGAUCCCUAUCGGACAAUAGCGAUGGAUCCGAUCAGGACGAUUCGCAUUCAGUAUCCGAUGAUCAGGAGAUCGCGGCAAAGAAGCGAAGGCUGGUUGCCUUCGAGACUGUACGACUCUUGUCCGUCAGUGGCGUUAAUGACAUUGACGAAAAGAAGGCGAAGGUACAGGCCUAUAAACUUUCCGAAGCUCUUCGGCACAAGAACAAGCAGCUAAAAACGAAGGAAAGAGAGAUAGAACGACUCCGACAACGUCAGAUGACUGACGAGAAUACGAGCUGUACCAUUAAUCGGCACUGGAAUAACUUGGACGAGCAGCUACGAUUGAUAGCGCUACGUGGCGCUUCAUCUGAAGAAGUUGAAGAGCUGCUGGAAAGCAAUGAUGAAGCUACUACCGGAGAUUUCCUGGACGAAAUUGUACAGAUGGAAGGCGUCCAAGGAGAACAUGUCUAUGACAAACGAGUGCAGCAGAGCGUUCGCCUUUUUGAGAAGGUUAUGCAGCAGCUCUCUCGAAAAUCAGAACAUCAUCGGGCGUUCAGCAAAAAGUUGAUCGGAUUCUUUGAAUGUAAGUAA